AUGUCUGCUGUUCCAUCUGUCUCUGUGGAGAAAAAGCUUGACCCUUCGUUUCAAGAACAACAUUUUGUGCAUGAUGUCUACAAUGAUAUUGCUCCACAUUUCUCUCAAACAAGAUAUAAACCAUGGCCAAUUGUGGAGGAGUUUCUUAAAUCCCGACCUGACUAUGCAGUAGGGUUAGAUGUUGGAUGUGGGAAUGGGAAAUAUUUAGGAGUAAACCCAAAAUUAUUUAUGGUGGGGACAGAUCGUUCCGAAGGAUUAGUGACUUGUGCACAGGAGAUCAGUGAUAAGAGUGAAGGUGAACUUAGUUAUAACUUGGGUGUAGCUGAUGGGUUGAGUUUGCCCCAUCCAAAUGAUUCAUUUGACUUUGCUAUAUCGAUUGCAGUCAUCCAUCAUUUUGCCAACGAGGAAAGACGUGUAGAGGCAAUUAGACAUAUUUUGUCUAAAUUGAAGGUGGGAGGAGAAUUAUUGGUAUAUUGUUGGGCUUUGGAACAAGAAAGUUCUAGAAGAGGAUACAAGGAAGGAGAUGAACAAGACAUUUUGAUUCCAUGGGUCAAACAAAUCAAACAAGAAAAGAAGAAAACCAAGAAACCUAAAAGAAGUAGAAAAGAUAUGACUGAAGAACAAAUCAAAGAAGAACGUGAAGCUGAAGAAAGAGCAAGAAAGGAGAAGGAGGAACAAGAAAAGAUUGAAAAGGAAAAGGAAACUAAAUACAGAUACUAUCAUCUUUACAAAAAGGGAGAACUUAGUGAAAAUGCAGUGAGAGCUGGAGGUUCCAUAGUGAGAGAAGGAUAUGAAAAAGAUAAUUGGUGGACAAUCAUUCGUAGAGAAGCGAACUAA